AAAAUGAAAUUACUCGACCCUAAUCCUUCCGAAAAUGUUGGAGAACCUCCUCCUUUGAAUCGCUUCCGUUCAGCUCCGUCUUCCUUUAGGAGACGUGGGGAUGCUGUGAGGGGAGCUGCUGGAAAUCAACAAGGAUAUGACGAGAGAACUUGUGGAUCCAAUCCAGACGAAUCCUCCUCACUUCUCUCAUCGGGAACAUCUUCACGUUGUUCCUCCCCACCACACGCUUCUUUCGCUGCUGGAAAAAGUCAAAAUCCAAAAGAAGUAGAGGAAGAGGAACACCAAAUAAUUGCUGGAGAACGUGUUCCUUUAAUGCAACACUCACAUUUUUUAACUCCAGAAAGUAGCCAUCAGCAACAACAACAAAUGACUGGUACUGGUAGUGGUGCUGGAAGUCCUAGUUAUUUUCUUACUCCAAGUGCUUUAAACACUCCUAGACAUAGUCAAUCAGGAGGGCGUCCAAGAAUGGGCAGACGUUUUACUUUGAAUCCGUUGAUAUUUGCGAAGGAAGAAAGAGAAAUGCGACGUCAAUCCCUUGCCCAACUCAAACUUUCUUAUUACCCAAAAGGUGCUGGUGAUUAUGAUGGAGAUACUAGCAGUUGGUUAUGUCAAUGGGGUUUUUGGUUUUUGGGGUGGCUAAUUGUUUUGGCUACCUUCCCCGUUUCUGUUUGUUUUUGCCUUAAAGUUGUUAAAGAAUAUGAGAGAGCUGUUAUAUUUCGGUUGGGAAGGCUAAUUGGUGGAGGUUCGAAAGGACCAGGCAUUUUUUGGGUAAUGCCUUGUAUAGAAUCUUAUGUUCGAGUUGACUUGCGCACUGUUUCCUUCAGUGUGCCUCCUCAAGAAAUCCUUACUAGAGACUCUGUUACAGUCUCAGUUGAUGCUGUUGUAUAUUAUAGAAUAAUGAAUGCUACUGUUAGUGUUGCCAACGUGGAAAAUGCACAUCACUCUACCCGCUUAUUAGCUCAAACUACAAUGAGAAAUAUGCUUGGAAUAAAAACUUUGGCUGAAAUUCUCUCAGAUAGGGAUUCAAUAGCUUUGACAAUGCAAACACUACUCGAUGAAGCAACGGAUUCUUGGGGAAUUAAAGUGGAACGAGUAGAAAUAAAGGAUGUACGGCUUCCACUGCAGUUACAAAGAGCUAUGGCUGCUGAGGCUGAAGCAACACGUGAAGCUAGAGCAAAGGUAAUAGCAGCAGAAGGCGAACAAAGAGCAAGUAAUUCAUUAAAAGAAGCGGCUACAAUGCUAGCUGAUUCACCUGCAGCUUUACAAUUAAGAUUUUUACAAACUUUAAAUUCUGUGGCUGCUGAGAAAAAUUCUACAAUUAUUGUGCCAAUACCUGUUGAAAUUAUUCGUCAUUUUUUGUCUAGAUAG